AUGUCGCCUAAUCAGAUCUUUCAGCGCAAUGCAAUGCCACGACGCGAUCUGGCUCUCGGGCAACUCGGCGGGUCUCCCAGCGCAGCAAGCACAGCAGGCGCACCAGCAACAAGUCAGGCGCAGAUCGUGGGCUUGGCGAUAGGAUGUGUGAUCGGCGGCCUUAUCCUCGUGGCCAUCAUCGUGAUAUUGGUCGUCCUUCGCAUACGCCGAAGGCGGCAUCGACAAGCCGUUGCAGAGCUGGAGCAGAACAAUGUACCAGUUGCAGUGCCUCAGAUGGAACAGGCCGGAGCGACUGUGCAGGCUGCGCGCGGCAACGGUUUAAGACCAUUGCGAGCGGGUACACGCUGGGACUUUUUGGCUUCCACAGAGACUGUCAAUACGCCAGAGCAAGCCGGACCCACGAAUAAAAGGAAGAGACCUUCUUUCUUCCCAAUAAGACCGGAGCCACCCGCUGCCGAUCCAACCCAGGCGCAACCAAAGCACUUGUCAGCCAUCGUGGAGACGCUCGAAAGUCCUAGGAGCCGCCACGGCAGCAGCAACUUCGAUCUGUACAGCAACGCGGUGAGGAUAAACGAGGUGAUGGGCACCAAACCUCACACCAAUGCUGCGCAACAAAACAACAGCAAUAUUUUCACAGCGCCUGGCAGCCCCAAGCCAGAAGCUAUUCCAUCAUUCGCGAUCAAGUCGCCAGCCACCUACAACCCGUUGUUUCCCAAGCCUGAUCUGAAGCUCGGAGGAACAAUCAGAUCCGUAUCUCUCGGUGUGCUUCGCGUUGAUACCAGUGGUGCAGUCCUCGGAAACACAGAUCGUCUGUCGAGACAGAUUGCGGAGGUGAAGAGACCACGACCAGCGAUGCAUGCUCGCUCUGCAUCUCUUGGUGCACCUCUGAGCCGACCACCGUCUGGACCAAUCCCUCCGCUUCCCGUCAUCUCACCACUUACGAUGGAAGACCCAUCCAGACAAGGUGUAUGCAUCCCCCGCGCUCAAUCGGCAGGAAGCAUCAAUUCGACCAGCAGCUCAAUCCUGGUCACAAGUCCCAUACUUGCCAGGAAAGACAGCGAUCAGCCACUCAGCUCCCCAACAGUCGAAGAACUAGUUGCCGAAAGCGACGACGCUGCCUUGAAGACUGUUAGCAACGGUCAAUGGCAGCAGCCUCGCCCAAGGGGACCGGCACGGAUCAGUACUAACACCAACAUGGCGAUGCAGACAGAGCGGUCUCGGGCGUCGGUCAAGGCCAACCUCGUACGUUCCAGCACCGACAGCGCGUUCAUCAACCGCGAAUCCACGUCAAGCUUCUCCUCAACGGAUAGCAUGGACCGGAAUCGCCUCUCGAUACCUAUAGUCGCUACCGCAGAUCGUGUCAGCAUCAGCCGUGUCUCGUCCUCAAAUUCUUUGACAGGCGUUGGUGGUGUACAGAAGAUUGUGACACCCAGGAAGACCCGACGUCCGUCCUCGGUGUCUGCGCAAGGCUCGCCGGCUGAGAAGAACAGGAGAAGUGCCAUCCUGAAAGACAUUUCCGGCAACGCUCAACACUGCAACAUAAAGAAAAGGAAUGUAUCCAUCUCAACUCAAGACUCUGGUCGCAGCAGCAAUGGAAACCCAUUUCACUGGGACAACAACAUGGCGAAGAUCGUGUCGAAGCCAAGUGCGCUCAAGGGUAGCCCAAACGCCAGGAAGGGCCACAGGAGACAGAACUGUGUUCGCAUCAGCACACUCACGCCUCAGGUACUCGGCCCCGAAAGCUCAAGAAGCAGCAGUUCCAGCCCGGCCGGCAUCGUCAUGGAUGAAAUCACCGAAGAACGCGAGAGCGACGAGAUCAAGCGUGAGGUUCAGAACGAGCGCCGUAAGAUCGAGCUUGCAGUGGCCCAUGAGAGGAGACGAUCGACGCUGCCUAGACCACCUCUUCCACCCAGGCAAACAUCCAGCGAGUCUUGUCUGCGCAUACAAACACUGAGGGCAAGUCUGACACCCAGCUCACCUACACUGUCAAGCUGGAAUACCUACCACGAUGUCAGCGCUGGCGGCUUGACCAGUCAUCCAAGCGACUGUGCUCUUUCCACCAGACCGGACUCGAGACAGAGUGACAGGAGCUCAGCAGCUGGAUCAUUCAUGAUCCCCAAGUUCCCAUCGCCAGCCAGGACGAGCGUCGCACUGACGCGAUCACUGCCAGAAUUCGACACUGCGCCUAUGCCAGAUCUCAGCUUCGACCUCGAGUCUCCCACGCUUGGCUUUGACGAAAAGAAUAGCUCCUCGCCAUUCACAUUAGCAAUGUCGAGCGAUGACGAAGUAUCACCCGUCUCACCUCGGAAAAGCCAGGAAUCUUCAGCAGAAAUUUCGCCUGUAUCGUCAGCCGAUCUCCCAUCCUCACCGCCGCUCCCAGUCGCUCGAUCAAACUCGUACGACCCAUCUUGGCCGGCAGUAGUCCACAUCCCACCACCAAUCGAGGGUAACGAGUACGACCCAGCGAGCCCACCACACAUUUGGGAUGACGAAGGCGACAUGCAGCGAAGCUCAUUGUUCCUACCUUUUGCCAACCUUGACGAUUUUGCCCUGGAUGGCUUCUCAAUAAAGAGUCGUCCAUCGAGCUACGCUCUGCCCGACUCGCCACCUCUUAGCCCCAAGACGACCCUUCAAGAUCGGAAGCUCACCAGCGAGAAUGCCAGCUCCAUCAUGGCAAGUAUGCCAAACAGCACUUCUACCUCCAGCUUUCUCGGCACCAGCAUCCCAAGUCUGCUCCCAUCCACGGCCGAGAACAACGAUAUGGCGUACCUCCCACGCUGGGAACCCACACCUGCACCACUUGCGCAACCACAGCGCCAACCCUUCGUAGCAGUCGCACCCAGCCUCCCCACCAUUCCACAAAGCGACGACCACGACUCCCCAGCGCCAGCUCCGCUCAACAUCAAGCCAGCGAAGCACGUUCCACAAGAACCUCGCUCCGCACCCGCCAAAUCGGUCCUCAAGAACGCCAUGGCACUCCGCCGUAUGAACAGCGAAGUCUCCAAAGAAGUCGCAGCUUUGAACCGCGAGAGCAGGAACUACGUCCGUCUAGGCCGUGAAGCUUCACCUCUGCUACCCUGGUGUCCCGCAACCCCGAAAUCCGACACCGAAGGCGCUGCCGCCGAUGAGAUCUUCGACUUUGACUUCGAUGGUAACGCCAGUGCUGGCGCUACAGAGCGCCUUUCUCGCCACGGCGUCCCACUCGUCGACAGUCCCAAGUACAAGACCAUGGACGAGAUCGACUUCUCGGGGUACGAGCACAACGCCUCCGCUGGCUUCAUCCUCCCAGCAGCAGAAAAACCCGCACCGCUCAGGUUGAAGUACACCGGCGACCCACGUCCCACACACCGGGAGCACAUUUCGCCCCGAAGCUUGAAGUACUCGCAGCAGCAGCAACAACAACACAAGGAUCGCCAACUGUCAAGGGAGAGCAGCAUCUACUCCCAGCCCACACCGACCAAGACCCCGGCUGCCUCUACCUCUACACAAAACCGCACCAGUGUCUGGGACGACGGCGAGAAGUUCUGGUCCAGCCCUAACACGAACCAGAAACAUGAGAGCAUCGGCUCCCACAAGUUGCCACUGUUCAGUCAGGCGACGCCUGAUGGCAAGACCGGGAGAAUGACGCCAACCAUAAGUAGACUCAGACAGGAGUCGGUGCAGAUGGAGGCGGGAGCUACGCCCAAGAGCUUGUAUGAUAGUGAUGGGUUCUUGAAAGCUUGA